GUGAACGCCUGAACGUGCGGAUCCCAUCGCUGUACUGCCUUUCAGGAGGGGCCGGACGAAAGACUUUGAACUGAGCAGAAUAGACCGCCACGGAGAACCGCUACUCUGUUCCCAUCGUAAAGUCAUUUACACAUUUUUGUUAGUUCUAAUAGAGGGGUGGUAAGAAUAAUUGAUUCUGUUGUCAAUUAAGGAUAUUUUCAUUACGGCAGGAGGAGAGACUUCCAGACCAAAUCAAUAGGCAGUUAUAUUGCUUGUGGCACAUAGAUAACUAAUUUCAGUCUGGAACAUCCUCGAGACUCUCCCGCUUUGUAUACAUAAGAAGAGCGCGUUUCUUAUCAAAACGCCUUUACCCUUAGCAUUUUCAUUACGAAAAGGAAAACUGUGCUGAAGAACACAAAACAGAUAUUUGAUGUACGUGUAAAAUAUUUUCUACUUAAACUAAGUUAAGGAGAGCGACUUUUCCCAUCAACUUUUCCGCAGGCUACACGAGUACAAACAACAGUAAUGUAAGGAAUUCUGUAUUCGUUUUUACAUCCUUUUCCUGAGAACGUCCUAGAGACAAGCCUUAUCCUCAUGGUUGUGAAUAGCGCCUUACAUUCACUUGCUCCCUCAUUUCCUACUUUUUCAUAUGCUAACACUUGCAAUGAUUAGGUCGUUAACACCUCAGCACAACCCGUUAAAAGCUUUUAUUUAUAGUUGCUCAUUGUUACUGCAUGGCCUCGUUCCUGCUUCAUUUCUUUAAAUCCGCGUCAAUCAACCGAAGUUAAUAUUCAAGUUCAAUUUGAAUGGAUGACACAGUGGAGAUAAAUAAAUAAUAAUAAACUUGCCUUUGAACUAAAAAAGACCUCAGCCUUCCACCUUAAUGACAAUUACUUCAUUCGCUUUAAGACGAUCGCAAGCUAUCGACCGAGGACCGCACUUUAUUUUUAAGUAUAAAUUCCAUCGCAUGCAAUAAACACGAGCACACAGUAAUAACUAGAAGAGAGUCAAUUAACUUAGCUGUAGACGUUUUCAUUCAGCAGCUUUCAACACAAUUUGUUUAAACAAAAUUAAGAUUGGUUUUUACAGCAGCAGAAUUAAUGCGCGUCAGAACUGAAGGUUUCAAUCAUGCAGGCCAAUUGUCUCUUUUCUCUCUCUCUCUCUCUUGCCCCGCUAAUGUUAAAUGGUCUAUGACGGACGAACAGAGCCAGGAAGUAGUGGCAAGCGGCUUUACUGUUGCCCCUUUGUUGACAAAUCCAUGAAACAACUCCGGACUGCAUGGUAUAACUGGGGGGCCAGCUGACGUCACGUGGCCACGUGACCCCGCCGAUAGUAUAUCUUUAACUGAAAAGUAAUCUAUCAGACAGUCCUUAAAAACCGGCCUUAAAAGCAUGUGUCAUCCCGACUGCACCACCCGGAGUUCGUCUUAGUUACUAUAAAACGCCUUUUGAAGGGGGACUGGUGUAAAGCACGCGACACAAUUUAAAACUUAAGGCUACACACGACAGGAGAAAUAUUUUUUAAAGUUUCCCUGGCAGGCCGGGCCGACCUGCAUUUAGAUUUUGGUGACAUUCGAUCUGACGGCGACGGGCCACGCACUUACCUCUGGGUUGUUCCUCAGCAAAGUAAGCUGUGAUGACUCUGUCUGGAGGCAACAGUGCCAACGACAUGUCCGGUCAGACGGUGCUUACUGCUGAAGAUGUGGAUAUCGAUGUGGUCGGAGAAGGCGACGAGGAAAUGGAGAGGGACAGUGACUGCGACAGCCAGGGGAUUCAUGAGCGCGCCGAAGAAGUGGAGGAGAUCGGAGUUAAGGAGAGGGCGGGCAGCCCCUGCGAGAGCUCCGGGGAGGGUGAAGGCAAGGCGGACGGACAGGAAAGCGCGUCGGGUCCCAUGCCGAACAAACCAAAAAACAGCCUGGUAAAGCCGCCGUACUCGUACAUUGCGCUCAUCACCAUGGCUAUACUACAGAGCCCGCAAAAGAAACUGACUCUCAGCGGGAUUUGCGAGUUCAUCAGCAACCGCUUCCCGUAUUACAGAGAGAAGUUUCCAGCCUGGCAAAAUUCCAUCCGGCACAAUCUGUCCUUGAACGACUGCUUCGUCAAAAUCCCAAGGGAGCCGGGAAACCCAGGCAAAGGCAACUACUGGACGCUGGACCCCCAGUCGGAAGAUAUGUUCGACAACGGCAGCUUUCUCAGGAGAAGGAAACGUUUCAAGCGACACCAGCCUGAUAUUCUCAGGGAUCAGACCGCACUCAUGAUGCAAAGUUUUGGGGCAUACAGUCUUGGAAACCCGUACGGCCGACACUAUGGGAUUCACCCAGCUGCCUAUUCCCAUCCGGCGGCUUUGCAGUACCCUUACAUCCCUCCAGUGGGUCCAAUGCUUCCUCCGGCAGUGCCCCUCUUGCCGUCAACCGAGCUGAACAGAAAAGCUUUCAAUUCUCAACUUAGCCCCAGCCUACAGCUGCAGCUGAACAACCUGAGCACCGCGUCCAUGAUCAAGUCCGAGCCGUCUAGCAGACCAUCCUUUAGUAUAGAAAACAUUAUCGGGGCUUCCAGCACUUCGUCCAGUGCCCAGACUUUCCUGCGGCCCCCCGUGACCGUUCAGUCAGCCUUGCUGAGCGCACAGUCGCUGUCCCUAACCCGGACAUCAGCCGCUAUUGCUCCUAUUCUCAGCGUACCCACGAAUAUUAUUUCGGGACAGUUUUUACCCACAGCAUCAACGGCGGCUGUAUCGAAAUGGCCUUCUCAGUGAUUUUUUUUUGUAAACUUGGGGGAGGGGUAACUGUACAGCACAAUCUGGCAGCACUGGACUCUGUCCACAAAACUGUAGCCAUGUAAAAAGUUUAGAAUGAGAGAAACGAGCGAAAUGGAAUGCUUUCUGUACAGGUAAAAUUUGUAAAUAUUUGUACAAAAAAUUGAUUUACUUGUUUGAAUUGUUUUGUUUUGUCGUUGACUUUAUUUUAUUGUUCGAACUGUGUUUUAUCCGAGCUUUCUCGUUUUGCCCCGAAAGCUCUCCGCAAAUAGAAAUUCACAUUAUCAUUAUGUUUUUUUUUUUGUUGUUGUUGAUUUUGCUUUUUAAUAAAUAAAAAUACAUUGUUAUAAUUUGAUUGGAGAAAUACUGUGUUUAUAAAAUUUAAAUAUAUGUAUUCUAUGUAGUUCUACUGUGUUGUAAAUUGAAAAUCCUUUGU